AUGGAUGCAGAACCAUGGGGACCAAAAAGCGUCGAUGUUGCCGAGGUUGGAUUAUCUUUGAUAUGCCCCUUUGACUUGUCCGAGGUCGACCAGCCUCCAAAGACGCUCCAAGAGCUUCGAGGGCAUCUCGGGAUCGAAACUUACUCCAUCAAAAUUUGUGGCAGGGAGCAGGGCAAACGAGAACACUUCAUCGAACAAAAGAGCAAGAUGGUGCAGCCAAAAGAUCUCGAAAACACGUUGGUUGAAAUCAUGGUGUCAUUUCGGGAGAAGCUUGCCACUAUCGCCAAAGCCAAGGGCUCUUUGACAGAGCCGCCACUGGUACUGAUCGGGUUUGAUCUUGCUUUUGAGCUUCGCUCGUUGUCUGCUUCGUACCCCAAGAUCGCGGAUUGCUUCACAUCCUGGGUCGAUCUGCAAGAACUGGUCAAAGAAGCAGCUCAGCUGGACAAGUCUCCGAGUUUGCGCGAUUCACUGACGGCCCUUGGCUUUGGAAUUGUCAGUACAGACGUUGGCUCACUGUGGAAGAAACACAGCGCAGGCAAGGAUACCGUGCGCAUUGCCGCAGUACUUGCGAGUCUAUCAUUGCGAGGGGCUGAGCAAGAGGUGCUGCCGAUUACCUUUACAUGGCAUCGAAAAUGGUCCCCUGCUAAGCAGUAUAUGAAGUACAGGGGUACUGGGAAGCUGUUCAAAAAUGGACCACCCAAGCCAGCCGAAUUGUUUCCCUUUACCGCCAAACUCAGCUUGUGCGAAGGUCCAUCGCUGUCUGGCAAAGUGGAAGCAAGCGACAUUAUGAAACUAUUUGCACAACACAACCCGACGGCUGUUGGAAGUUGCUGCCGUGACGGCUCCAUGACCGCCUUUGUGAGUAUGCCGAGCUUUGAUGCGCUGGAGCAGUUUGUGGCCAGUAUGGAUGGUGCGCUGUGCGAGGCGUAUGAAGGAACCUGGAACGUCGUGUCUAUUUUUGACCCUACCGUGACGCCAGCGCGAACGGCAGAAGAGCUGGAAGAACUCUACAAGGAGAAGCUACAAGCAACAAUAGUCGCCAAAAGAGAGCAGAGACUGAAAAAGAGGCUGGAGCAAGGGCGUGAGGAUGCACGGUUGUAA